AUGCUGCUUAUGGAAGGACGUUCUUGUGCACAAGAUGUGAUCUUUAACAGAGCCCAUUAUUUGGCUGGUGAAUAUGGAAGUCUUGUGGAAGGGGAACCUAAAUUAAUCAUAGAGAAACAAACCAAAUGGUCUCCUCCUCCAGUUGGUAAAUAUAAACUGAAUGUUGAUGCUGCUUUUAUUCCCAAAACAGGUGUGGGUGGAAUUGGUGCUGUUGUUAGAAAUGACAAAGGGGAAGUGAUGGAAGCUAUGGCCCUUCCUCUUGCCAAUGCCACCUCAUCUAAACAUGCAGAGAUCAUGGCGCUUCUUUUCGGGAUGAAAUUUGCCCGAGAUGCUGGCUUUUCUUAUAUUUUAAUUGACUCUGAUUCACAAAGGGUGGUAAAUGAUGUAAAGAAGGAUGAGGAAGAGUCUUGGGCAUUAGAUGGGCAUCUUAUUGAUGAUAUUAAGAGGAGUAUGCAACAAUUUGAAGAUGUUAUUAUCUCUUUUAGUCCAAGAGGGGGUAACCAAGUAGCUCAUUUUCUAGCAAGGAAUGCUCUUAAUUGUAAUACUAUGGUAACUUGGAUUGAACAGGUUCCACUUUGGCUGGAAUCAAUUGUAAAUGAUGACAUGGUUGUAUCCUCUUAA